AUAUAGCUCGCAAAAGUGUAUCUAACAUGUCUUGUAAACCUCUGUAACCGAUUGUAGAGAGUGAUUUUAAAUUUCCCGCCGUCUCAGUAAUUCCAUUUAGUGCAGUGGCCUUACUCUAUACAAACUACAAACGAUUUUUUGAGUACACGCUUUUAUAGGUUCACCGAUCCAUUUUAAAAACCGGAGCUUCGAACAUGUUGGCUUUAUGUUUAACUAUUCUUACGAUAGGUUUCUGUACUCUCGUGCACCGAUAUUUGCAUUGGAGUAGAAGAGGUAUUAAGCAAUACCCAUUUUGGAAAAUUUGGCUAAACAACAUUCGCGACUUUAUUACACAACCACCAUUGACUGACGCCAUGGUGCGAGCUCGUGAAGAUUUUAAAAAUGCACGAUAUAUUGGAACUUACCAAAAUUUCAAACCGAGACUGUGUAUAGAAGAUCCAGAACUGAUAAAACACGUGUUCGUCAAAGACUUUGAUUACUUCGUCGAUCAUAAUGUUUUUUUACCAUAUGACGGCGACACGGUUUGGGAGAAGAGUUUAUUUAAUUUAAAAGGUGACGAUUGGAAACAGUUACGUGGGUUUGUAAGUCCCACGUUUACCAGCAGCAAAAUUAAGCUAAUGUUCCACACAAUUUUGGAGUGUUCAGCACAAGUGGUCGCGUCUUUGAAAAAAAGCGGAAAAGAGAUUGUCGAGUUUGAUGUGAAGGAACUUUUUGGACGAUUAACCACCGACGUCUUCUUCGGCACGCAUUUUGGAAUUCUUUGCAAUUCUGUAGAAGAACAAACUAAUGAAUUUUACACGAUUGGCCAGAAAGCCACCAAUUUUCUCGGAUUUUGGUUAAAAGUCCGAUUCAUUGUGAUUCAGGUGUUUCCAAUAGUAGCGAGGGUGUUCGGUCUACGAAUAUUUGAUCAAAACGUAACCAACUUCUUCCGGUUACUAGUUAAAAACAACAUCAAAUCCAGAAAAUCGCAACAAAUCGCUCGUCCAGACCUGAUAGGCAUAAUCAUGAAAUCGGAAAAUAACCCGGAUAACAUCGAGUUGACCGACGAGAUACUAACAGCGCUUGUAGCCACAUUUUUCGGUGCCGGAUUCGAUACCGUCUCCUCGGCAUUAAUGUACACAUUUUAUGAACUUUCCUGCAACAGCGUUGUUCAACAAAAAUUGCUCGAUGAAAUCGAUGCCAAUAAAGACAACUUCACGUACCAAACGGUGAUGGAAAUGCAGUAUUUAAAUAUGGUCGUGUCUGAAACUCUGCGAAAAUGGCCCGUUGGAUUCUUCCUGGAGAGGCAGUGCGUCAAGCCGUACAGAAUUCCGGCAUUAAAAGACGACGAAGUUGAGGUUCAACUAAAGGUGGGGGACGGAAUUUGGGUACCUCUGUACGCUCUACACAGAGAUCCGGAAUUGUUUAGCGAUCCUGACCGUUUUGAUCCCGAAAGGUUUAACCCCGAAAAUAAAAAGAACAUCAAUCAAUAUGCUUAUAUGCCUUUUGGAAAUGGGCCACGAGGUUGUAUUGGUAGCAGAUACGCACUAUUGGUACUUAAGGUUGCCAUCUUCCAAAUUUUGCAAAGCUUUUCUGUUAGGCCGAGUAAAAACAUGCUACCACUUCAAAUUGCGCGUUCGUAUUUGCAAUUACUUCCAAAGGAUAAGAUGCUACUCGACUUUCGUAGACGAAAUUAAGUUAAUUUAUAAUCUGUAAUAAGAAGUAAUAUAAUCGAUAUAGAUUUCAAUUUUCAGUCAUUUCUUCGUCAAUGGAUCAAUUCUGAAGGGAUCGCCUUUUAUAACUCACUUCGUAAAUUGCAGAAAAUGAUGCAAAUACACGACUUAGACGAAAACAUAUUUUUUAACUUGGCAAACAUGAUGGAGUGGGGGUAAUUUACUACUUGAAGGAACAUCAAACAAAGUGGAUGUCAUUUAUAUUUAUUUUAAGUUCCAAAUAACAGUGGUUUAAUUCCUUAAUUUACUUAGAUAACUUGUUUCAAUAAAACUGAAGGAAAAAAUAACAAUUUCCAAGCAACGGAGUCACUAGGCCCGGAUUUUACGUUUAUGCAAAUAUAUGUAUAGCCUGGUCGAGGAGAGUUACUGGCGUUUUAAAAAGCUAGUUGGCUCUUUCCACGUACGCAGCUUUUUCCCCUACCCCCCACGACCGUUCUCGCCUUCCUGCUUGUCUGUCCCCAUGGAGCCAGAGGAGGGAUCCUCCAAACGCCAUACGGCACAGCUUGCGCCCGACGCUCCCACCGAAGAGAGGUCGUUAUCCGACCCAGCGUCUCUGAGUUUUCGUUCGACGCCAAGACCUUGAACCUGAAGAAUUUUAUCUUGGGCUUUAAGACCGGCCACAAACAGAAUCAAAGACGCCUUUAGUCGUUUCUGCCUGUUUGUCUAAUACUAACACUGAUCCCGUGUGCGGGGGUUUUAGUCACUGGGCGUCGUGACUCCCCGCAGAGAUCAUUGUCCUCUGGCUUCGCUCCAUCUGUCACCAGAUUGUUGUAUUAUGGUGAUCUUGUAGAUCGCAUGUUAGUUUUGGACCCUAACCAACAAUUCGUCGACACCCACAAAGUUUGUGGCAUCAUCACAGUCAACGGUCGUUCUGAUGACCUGAUGACAAAUUCGCCUACUACAACUAACUUUAGCAAAUCAAAUGGCAGAGAACCACUGACUAAAAACGUCUUUUCAUGGAGCUGCGCCAGUCAAGGGAAAAUCGGCUUUAGACGUGUGUUCGUCUAGGUCAGGGGUCGGCAAUCUAUUGAAACAGAAGAGCCAAAAAUUACAAAUUAUAACAUUUCCCAGUUUUGAAAGAGCCACAAAAAAAUUUUGAUUUAAUAUUAUAGUAUUUGGCUAUAUACAGGGUCCUGCAACAAUGCGUCGGUUUUUC